AUGCCUUUGCUCGUUCCUCAACUCCCUGACUUCUUCAGCAUCUCCACCUUUGGAGUUCAGUAUCAUGGCACUGCUCCCUCUGAGGCCAAGGCUGUUUUGAUACAGAAGUUCGAACCCAUGCUCAAGGAAUCCGCAGUAUUCGUUGAGGAUCUCUAUCACGACGAUACAGAGCGCGGGUUGGGAAUUUCGCGCGUCUGGAUCAGUUAUUGGAAAGCACCCGAAGACUUUCGAAAGUGGUGGCAGUCGCCUGAGACUACACAGUUCUGGGCCUCCCUCCCCGAGGAUGCCGGCUUCUGGAGAGAGAGCAUGCGUUUCUCGUCCAAGAGAUUUGUGACGGAGAUGUCUCAGGAUAUCCCAUCAGGUGUUGGUCACCUCGGCCCAUUGGAGCCAUUGACUGAGAAGACGGGAUACUGGGGCGCUUUGCGCGACCGUCUGCAGGAAUCGACAAACCGUGAUAUCCUUGCUUCAUCGAUAGAUGGAGUGCCAGAACCCAAAGUACCCACCGGAGAUAUACGCCGAGGCCGUGUCAAGAUGACAAAGUUUCCAGACAACAUUUGCUACGUCAUUGAGGGUCAAGAUCGCACUGCCAUGCCAGACGAUGAGACUAAACUGUGGUCGGAAAAGUUCCACAGAAACACCAAACGUUUCAUCACGAAUGUUGUGCGGUCCGGCCCAGAUGCUGGGAUGCUGUCAGCUCGCUUAUGCCACGUCCCAGAUAGCGGAAAGACCAAGAUAGAGGCCAGCUAUGGCACUGACGAGCCAGACAUCUUCCCCGCAUUGGACCACAAUCGUUGCGUGGAGAUCUUCUUCUUUCUGGAAUUCAGAUACAUGGAGCGUGCUGGGCGUAGGGAGAAAUCUCAUGUGGCUCUGCGACGGGAUUUCAUGGACGCGUAUGAGCCUAAGGGAUGUAUGGGGCAUGGUAAAAUGCUUGUGUGGGUGGACUGCGGGGUAGUAAAGUCCCAAGACAUUGAGGCCGAGUACAUCGGUUGUUAUGACGGGACUGGCUUCUUGGCUUACGAUCAUCACCCAGAGUUUAGCUCGCGUACAGGCGGCAUGCUGAAAGGUCUUCUUGGCUAUGUUGGCCUUGCGUAG